UUCUUUGUACAUAUAUUAUUACGUAUCCUACCAGUCACCUUGAAAAACCGAAGCUAUAACACACGUCCUGUCAUUCAAGCGAACGUACUAAAGUGGAGCGAACACUUCUAACAGUAUUCAGUUGGAAUAGAAGUAUCUCAAUAGCUGAUUGCUAUCACGGGCCGGGUCAACAGCUUGUUCAUUAGUAACCUAGUCAUUCGAAUCAUCACACAGUGAAGACAAGAGGCUUUUCAUAAACUGCAAACCCGCUGUGUAUAUAGUUAUUUAUCCUGUCAGUAGCUCGACAACAGAAUUUGUGGAGGAAACCGCUACUUCAUUCCAACUACACGAAAUCGUAUCUUAAAUAUGGAAGAAGAUUUUCUGCUGAUUGGAAACGAAUUAUGUGGUAUUAGCGAAUCCAAUGAUUCCACUGACGGUAGCCUGGAUGGGAGCGACGGAGAUCUUGAUGUAUUUGCAGCAUUUAAAGGAACUGAAUUGGACGAUAUAUUCAAUGCAUGCCCUGGAUUUGGUAUUCGUUCAGACACAUUUGAACAAAAUCAAUGCAUGUACAGCAGAGAAGAUUACGUUCCUCACUGUAAACCCAAGACUCGUUCCAACAACAAAGUCUCUGCUAAGAAUGAACCGGGUUAUUUAACAGAACGCAUUCAUUGGAAUUAUCGACAAAAAAGAGUGAACUAUGAUCCUAGACCGAUUUCUAAGCGAUCGCGAAAACGUUCAAUUCCAGAAGAAAUGAAAGACGACGCUUAUUGGAAGAAACGUUGUCAAAAUACGGAGCGAGCAAGAAAGAGCCGUGAGGCAAGGCGUGUAAAAGAAAUUGAAGUGCUUCAAAAAGUAAAAACAUUAGAAGAAGAUAAAUUAGAACUUCAACAGCAAGUAGAUAGUCUUAAAGAACAAGUAAAACUUCUGAACGAACGAUUAAUGCAACGUGAACACACAAAUUUUAUUUAAUUAAAUAUAAGUCCGCCAGGCAAUAAUAUUUUUGUAUACCUUGUAUAUUGUACAUUUUCGCAUAUAUUUUGCAUAUAUAAUAAUUAUGUCAUCAAUAGCUGGAUCGACAAUGACACAGCAAUUCUGUCAUUUCCGUCGGAUAAAAGUACUAAGAGCUUUUAAAUAAAUUUUCAAAUUUAUUUGGGUUUUAUCUAUAGAUUCAGUCAAUAUUCAGGCGAUAUAUGUCUGGCAGUGCUGAAUAUACGCUUUUAUAAGAAACGGCAUGAUAUAAUAACGAAAUAUCUAUAUAUGCACAGCGGUUCAAUGUGCAUGGUUAUGAG